AUAUAAAAAAUGGAAAAAAACUCGAAUCCUCCUCCAUAUGGGUGGAACAAUGGUCACACCCUGCAACCACCUCCGGCAGCUCCCCCAAGCUACUCGCAAGCCGUCGGUGGAGUGGGUCCCUCUAGUCCUUACACGCCACAGUAUCCCCCAUCUGCCGGGCCUGCAAUCGUGACAACUGUGGUACCAGUGGGCCCUCAUCCAACGCAUAUGAUAUGCCCUAGUUGCCAUGCUGAAAUUAAUACAGCCACUACAACUAAGCCAGGCGCUAUUGCUUAUAUAUCAUCAAUUAUUUUGUGCGGCAUUGGAUGUUUUCUUGGUUGCUGCCUAAUCCCUUGCUGCAUAAACAGCUGCAUGGAUAUCCACCACAAAUGUCCCAACUGCAACGCAUACCUUGGCUGUUACCGCAGGCACCGAUAAAACAAAUGCUUAUACUUAAUACAAGUAAGCUAUGAGAAACCAAGUGUCAAACAAAAGCAAAUUAGAGAUAAGCUUCAUAAAUAAUAUUACAAUAAAAAAUGUUUUGUUUGUGUUGGUAUUUGAUAACUAAUGCAGGUCUAUACAAAUGCCAUUAGACAUACUACACUACUUUGUUUAGUAUAGACGCUUCCCUUAGGAGUGACUCUGCAAACAUCACCUGACCCUGUACAAUGAUCUGAAUCAUGAAUCUACUGAUAUGUAUCUGUCUAUAUCUAGUGAAUGUCUAAGGUAAUGGAAUUUGCAACCAGUGAUUUUGAAUGCAAUUGUUAUUAUCGCAUAUGGGAUAAGAGAUAAUUAUAUAUUAUACAACUUGAUAAAGAUUAUACAAUUUUAUACUCUGAAAGAUCUGAA